GGUUACACUCCUAUUGACAUGAUUCGGGUGGCCGAGGAAUUCUAUCUGUCCUUGAACUUGAGCGCAAUGCCGCCAGAAUUCUGGGCCGGAAGCAUAAUCGCCGAUCCUGGCGACCGCUCAUUAAUUUGUCAGGCGUCUGCAUGGGAUUUUUGUAAUCGCAUAGAUUACAGGAUCAAAAUGUGUACAAAAGUGACGAUGAAGGAUUUGAUAACUUUGCAUCACGAAAUGGCACACAUUCAGUACUUCUUGAGGUACAGUGGUCUACCUCGAGAAUUUCGUGACGGCGCUAAUCCAG